CUCCACAGAUAAUCUGACCUGGUCUGAGCCAAGGGCAUCAAUCCACCCCUCAGUCCGUUUCCAGCAAACCCAAACCGAAACGGGGCCAUCGUGCUUGCCGCUUCUCUGGCGCCUGAUGCAUUUAUCCAUCGAUAGGACGGUCCAAGAGUACAGGACCAAACGGCGAUCUGCAUGUCCUCCUCGAGACCAAGAAACCGAGCUAGUCCAACUGGGUCGUCACUGGAGCCUCAUGCACUUUACUCCGGGAAGCUGUCUCGCCUCCAAGCGGUGUGAUUCUUUGUCAUGUUUCAUCCCAGCCGGCCUGCUCGGCUGUCUUGGUCGCGAGCUAUGCGUGCAAAGCGAGACCGCGAGCUGUGUGUGCAAAGCGAGACCGACAGUGGAUGACAAUACGAUUCACUGCUUGCGAGGAUACUUGCUGGUCUCUCCGACACCGAUUCGGGCGGGAUGUCUGGGAUGUCGUUGCAUUGGACGCACUCGGGUUCGUGGACAGUGCCAGCCAACCAGCGCAUCGCCCUCCAUCAUGCAGUCCUCACCACCUUGUGUACAUCAAGUUGAUCACCUUAGCUCCCACUUUGCUGCAGCCAUCUGCACCAUCCAAGCUCGCAUUGGAGGAUGGUCGCUGCACGCCAUCGAUCUGCAUGUCAUCGAUCUGCGGCUGUCAUGUUCGUUCCCGGCCUGAGCGAACACCCACCGAGACGCUCUCGCUGGCUCUCGGCCCCCCUCUCUUCUCGGCACCCCUUGCGCUUUUGUCCCUUCCUCGUCCUCCAUCUC